GUCCAGCAGGAGGUGGUCGAGGAAGAGCAGGCCUUGGCAGCCAAGAAGUCUGAGCUCCAGCGCAUGGAGAAGGAGGCCCGGGCCAUGGAGGAGCGCGCCGACCUUGCCGAGCGCAAGGCGCAGGAGAAGGAGGCGCAUCUGCAAGCCAAGAUUCGCGCUGCGAACCUCAUGGAGAGACGCGGCAAGACGGCGCUUCAGCGUCAAGCAGAGCACCAGGCCGCUAAGCUCCGCAAGAUGAUCGCCGACGAGAAGGCCAUGGAGAAGGAGCAGGUGGCGGAGUUGGAGGCGGAGAUCCGCAAGGUGCAGCAG